GCCGCAGUCCUUAGCUUCCCGGGGACAGGAAACCUUCGAGACCAAGCUGCCGCUGCCGCUGCCGCCUCCCCGUCUGCUCCUCGUACCGCGCGCCUGCCACACCCUCCUCCCGCUCUUGCAGCAUCUUUCGGUGGAGCCCUGCAGGAACUCGGCCCGGGCAGCUGUCUCCCUUUCCCGGGUAAAGCUGUGACCCCCCCGCAGGAGCGGCGGGGCGGGGUGGGGGGGCCCGGGAGAAGAUGGCGACGCCGGGAAGCGAACCCCAACCUUUCGUCCCUGCCCUUUCGGUGGCUCCUCUGCACCCACAUCAUCAUCCCCACCACCACCACCACCACCAGCAGCAGCAGCUCCACGGAGGAACCGGAGCCAGCGGCGGGCCCGGGGGAGGCGGCGGCGGCGGAGGCAGCGGGGGCUUCAACUUGCCCUUGAACCGGGGGCUGGAGCGCGCGCUGGAGGAAGCGGCCAACUCCGGGGGAUUGAACCUCAGUGCCAGGAAACUGAAGGAAUUUCCCAGGACUGCGGCCCCCGCGCACGACCUCUCGGACACGGUGCAGGCAGAUUUAUCUAAAAACAGACUGGUCGAAGUUCCAAUGGAAUUGUGCCAUUUCGUAUCACUGGAAAUUCUUAACCUGUAUCAUAAUUGCAUCAGAGUCAUUCCGGAAGCCAUCGUUAAUCUGCAGAUGCUGACUUACUUAAAUUUAAGUCGGAAUCAGCUGUCCGCCCUGCCGGCCUGCCUGUGUGGUCUGCCUCUCAAAGUCUUAAUCGCAAGUAACAACAAACUUGGAUCGCUGCCCGAAGAGAUAGGUCAGCUCAAACAGUUAAUGGAGUUGGACGUCAGCUGCAACGAGAUCACAGCCUUGCCUCAGCAGAUAGGACAGUUGAAAUCCUUACGAGAGCUGAAUGUCAGAAGAAAUUACCUUAAAGUUUUACCACAAGAACUAGUAGAUCUUCCCUUGGUAAAGUUUGACUUUUCCUGCAAUAAAGUGCUCGUGAUUCCCAUUUGUUUUAGAGAGAUGAAGCAGCUGCAAGUAUUACUGCUUGAGAAUAACCCUUUGCAGUCUCCUCCGGCGCAGAUUUGCACCAAGGGUAAAGUGCACAUAUUCAAGUAUCUGAGCAUCCAAGCAUGCCAGAUUAAGACAGCUGACUCCCUCUACCUCCACACCAUGGAGAGGCCACACUUACACCAGCACGUGGAGGACGGCAAGAAGGAUUCUGAUUCGGGAGUCGGAAGUGAUAAUGGAGACAAGCGAUUAUCUGCCACAGAGCCUUCUGAUGAAGACACCGUUAGCCUCAAUGUGCCAAUGUCCAAUAUCAUGGAAGAAGAGCAGAUCAAGGAGGACUCUUGCCAUCAUCACCUCAGCCCCGUUAAAGGGGAGUUUCAUCAGGAAUGUCAACCAGCGCCUUCCCUUGUGAGGGACGGUGACAACCCUGGAGAAGAAAGAGACCCAUUUCCACAUGAAACGGAUACCCUCCAUCCAGAAUUUAUAAACUAUAUUGAGGAGAGGGUUGAGACCCGCAUGGAAGUGUUACGGAUAGACGAGGACGUGCACUGGCUGUCCAGGGAGGAGCUCUGCAGAAUAAGUUCAUCCCCAAACCAGGAAAUGGAUAUAGCAAUGAUCAAACAGCUGAGAGAAGCAGUGGAUUUUCUGCAAGAACCUGACAGGGUAAACAUAGAUGUUACAGAGAGAAGUGUUGCAAACUUUUAUCCUGUGGAAUCAGCAGAAGACUUGGAAUUACAAGACUCUGCACUAAAUGGUCAAAUACAGUUGGAGCCAUCUCCAGAAUGUGAGGUGCAAAAUAAUCUAACAUUACAGAGGAAUGGGAACGAGUAUUCUCCCACUGAGAUGAGAGAGAACUCACCUGCCAUCUCUCCUACCAACACCAGCACUGCUCUGUUUGGCCUGAAGCCUCGAUCAGACCCAGCCCUCACUCUUCCUCCUAUCUCCUUCAACAAACUUACACAGGCACAAACAUGGGACAACUCUAGCUACAGUGUUCCAUCUGAAGGAGACAGUGACAAUGUGUUUCUAAGACCACAGAGAAAUCUGGAAUCUAUAGAUCCACAGUUUACGAUUCGGAGAAAAAUGGAACAGAUGAGAGAAGAGAAGGAACUGGUGGAACAGCUGCGAGAGAGCAUCGAGAUGAGACUCAAGGUCAGCCUGCAUGAAGACCUGGGGGCUGCCCUCAUGGAUGGGGUCGUCCUCUGCCAUCUGGUCAACCACAUCCGCCCACGAUCCGUUGCAAGCAUCCAUGUCCCCUCACCAGCAGUUCCUAAACUUAGCAUGGCCAAAUGCAGAAGAAACGUGGAAAACUUUUUGGAAGCAUGCCGAAAAUUAGGCGUACCAGAGGAAAAACUGUGUCUGCCCCAUCACAUCCUUGAAGAGAAAGGCCUGGUCAAAGUGGGCAUUACGGUUCAAGCAUUGCUAGACCUAGCUGUCACCAAGGCUCUUUUCACAUGAGACCAGCGGCUGUCCUUUGCGUCAGCUCAGAUGCUUCUCCGAUCAGGGACCCUGGACUCCGCUCUCGGCACCCGUCCCCUCCGCCCUCCCACGUCCUGCUUGUCGGUUCCCUGACUCUGAACUGAAGGGAGGGCUUAAGAGGAGACCCCGGCCCCCUUUCCUCCCCGACCUCCGAGGUCCAGACGUGGACAGGUAUUUACCUAAAACCUGGGAGGGGGGCUGGUUGUGAAGACGCGCGCAGCACGCCGACGCCUCUGCAGCCUCCUUCCUCUUCCGCGCUCACCCACUGCCAUCACCCAAACACCAAGCACAACCGUCCCGCCGCCAGGUGCAUUUGUUUUCUUGAAACCAAACGCGUUGCCUAGUUCGUGGGGUGGGGGAGGGGCGGGGGGAACUCCAUCAGGUUUGUCGCCACCAAAUUUUUCAAGAAGUUUCUUGAGACCAUUGCCUUUAAAAAACAACAACAAAAAACACACAACUAUUUUCGACAUAAAAAAUAUUUAUAUAAAUAUUAUUUAUUAGUGAGUUGUUAUUCAUCCUUUGGAUGCAAAUUGUAAAUUAGGAAACUAUUUUAUUACUGCUUUUUUGUGGUUAAACACUUUAUUUUAAUAUUAUAAAUAUUGAGUUAUUUUCUAUCCUCUUUGGUGUGCACAUAGAUCUAGGUUUCCAUUGUCAUGUUCUUUGCUGUCUAUGACUCAAAAAAAAAAAAAGAAGCAAAAAACAGGCACUUCUGUGACGAGAACUGUUUUCUGGGGAGGCAUUAUUUACACUUUGGUUUAUGCAACAUUGGUCUUAUUUAUAUUUCUGCAUUCCAUCCAGCUUCCUACAUUCCAGCAGCCCUUUUGUCCCCCUGAUAGAAUGAACUGACUGAAAUCAAGAGAGCACCCCAAAGUUAUGUGUAAAUAGCUGUGAUGGGAAAAAAAAAAAAAAGACAUAUUAAACUUGAAGAUCAAAUGUGAACAAUCACCUUUUGGGGUUCAUCCUUAUUUUGCUAUGCACAGAACCUUCACAUUUUAACACACAGACGUAGCAAGUAUCGGCAGCAUGUGUCUUGUAUCAUUUUGCACUGUGACUUGGGUAAUGAAAAGUCUAGCACCAAAGGUAGAUACUAAGGAAGAGGCAGGGAAAGUGGAGAUGAGAAAAAGAUUACCGUUUAACCAAAAAGGUUUCUCGAGGACAGUUUUGGCUGAGCGUGAUCAGGAAUUAUCUUGGCACACAGGACCUGGGUCAGGAAACCAGUACUUCUCCCAUUGCCCAUUCAAAAGAGGAAAUGAGGCGUUCCUGUUGCCCAGCAGGUUAAGAACCUGACCUAGUGUCCGUGAGGAUGCGGGUUUGAUCCCUGGCCUUGCUCAGUGGGUUAAGGAUCUUGCCAUGUAGAACGCAGAUGGAGCUCAGAUCCAGCAUUGCUGUGGUGUAGACGGGGGGCUGCAGCUCUGAUUCCACCGCUAGCCUGGAAACGUCCAUAUGCCUUGAGUGUGGCCAGAAAAAGAAAAAAGAGUUUCGCACACUCACCAUGUGAUAUAAGCACAAUUUCUUUUUUAAAAAAAGAAAAAAAUUCUGAGAUGUAGACAUGCUUACUUGAUUGCAGCUUAGUUGAUGGCUUUCAAAGAAGUCUGUAAAAAACACUGCAAGAUUUGCAGUGUCUGGUAUGAAAGCACAGAAGUGAGUCAGAAAAUUGGUGGUGCAGAUGCAUGCGACCCCAAGGUGGGCUCAGGAGAGGGUUAAGUAAGUAGCAUUCCUGAGGCUGAGUGGCCAGGAGAGAGCAAGAGCAAAUGAAAUAAGGACUGGAGAGGGAGUUCCCCUCAUGGCUCAGCGGUGAACGAACCCGACUAGGAUCCAUGAGGAUGCAGGUUCAUUUCCUGACCUUGCUUAGUGGGUUAAGGAUCCAGCGUUGCUGUGAGCUGUGGUGUAGGUCGCAGAUGCAGCUGGGAUCCUGCAUUGCUGUGGCUGUGGUGUAGGCUGAAAGCUGCGGCUCCCAUUCAACCCCUAGCCUGGAAACUUCCAUAUGCUGUAGGCACAGCCCUGGGGAAAAAAAAAAAAAAAAAAGACUAGAGAAAACCUAGCAGAGGAAAGGGAUCCGUGUUGGUCUGAGAGAGUUACACACACAACCUAUUUUAGACAGUUCCGUGAGCCUGCGGCCACCCUGCAGUUAAAUUUCCCAGUAACUGCUCUUUCAAAGUCUAGUGAUUGCUGAUUGCAUCUUUGCCUUUGUGAAAAGCCAUUGUACAUUUUAAGACAGGUCGUAAGACAACUAUCCAAGUGAACACGGAAAAAAAGACAGGAGGACAGGAUGGAUUGAACACAGGCUUAGGGCAGCCAACGCCAAGGCUGCCCUCCAGCCGCCAGAGGGAGGGGUUCCUGAAAACAGUGGUUUGGGUUGGCAGCUAGCAAGUUACUCCUAUCAGAUGUACUGUGCACUUUAACCUAACUUAAACUAUAUUUUAAGAUUUUCCUGUACUGCACAAAUACCUGUUUUCUCAAAUAGAAGAAUGAUGUAAAGAAGAAAGACGUGUGAACAAGGAGGGUCUUGGAUGUGAACAGCAAAGGUGAUGACAGCAGUAGGAGUUCAGAUGACUGCACCUUGAUGGGCAUGGAGAAUGCAGGGUCCUGAAAGAUUUUUUUUUUAACCUGUGUAUAUAGCAACAUGAAGCUCUGUAAUCCUUGUUUUCAGAGAUUUUUUUUUCAAAAUUAAAGUAUUUCUUUUGAUA